CCCCGCCCCUAUGAUACUCAAAGUUGCCUGACGUAAUGAGACUGGUGCGCUUAUAAAUCCACUACUCCUUGGAUUCCUGCAACAAGUAACACUCUGUUUACUAGGUAAACAGCUCAGCUCGUCGCAAAGGCCAGGAUAAACUCGACCAAUUUUAGUUUGGCCCGUAUAUAUUGCUCUCCCCUUGGGAUUACGGUUCACCUGUGAACAGGUUUGACGAGUCCACACCUGUGGGGUGGUAAACGAUUCAGUGCUUCGUGUUUUUGCUUAGUUGUUGAGUCGGUGUUGAAGGAGACUGACGCAAAACCCGACUGGGAUUAAUAUUUUCAUUUCAACCAUGAAGAUGAUGAUGGUUCUCGUUUUUGUCGGCCUCGCAGCAGCUGCCUCUGCCCAGUCGUGCCCCCCAUGCGCUACUCUGAAAUGGGCCACCUGCGACAAAACCCCCUGCGAGUGUACCGUGAUGAAAGAUGACGAUGUGAAACAGAUUUUGGACUGCACAAAAUUGAUCCCCAAGUGUUAUCUGAUGGAUGCUGAGAUGUACAGAGCCAGGAAUAACCUCUCAACCCGUACACUUGGCGGCAAGCCAGAUGAGACCGCCUUCGUAGACAACGACGGCAUCUACGACCCCGAGUGUGAGAGCGAUGGUCGCUUCAAGGCCAGGCAGUGCAACAACACAGAGGAGUGUUGGUGCGUCAACAGUGCCGGGGUUCGUCGUACAGACAAAGGGGACAAAACUCUGAAAUGCGAGAAGCUGGUGGAGACUUACUGGGUGCGCCUGGAGCUGAAACACAAGGAGGUGAAAGAUGGAAUUGACGCGACUGCAUUGAAAGGGGCCAUCGCCGAUGCCAUCAGCAAGCGCUACGACAACUUCAAGAAGGAAAUGGUGACGGAUGUCCAGUAUGACGCUGAUGGGAGCCGUAUUAUUGUGGAUGUGAAAAAGCCAAAGGGAGACCGCACCACUGACCUGUCCCGCCUAGCCUACUACAUGGAGAAAGACGUGAAGGUGCUGCCCUUGUUCAAGAGCCAGGAGAAGUUUGAGCCCAUGGUUGGCAAGCAGAAGCUGGAGAUGGAGGACAUCCUGGUGUAUUACGUGGACGAGGAGCCCCCCACCUUCACCAUGAAGGCCCUUACCGGCGGCAUCAUCGCCGUCAUCGUGGUGGUGGUGCUGGCCGUGAUCGCCGGCCUGCUGGUUGUGUUCUUUGCCAGGAGGCGAGAACAGCAGAAAUACUCCAAGGCUCAGCCCAGGGAGUUGGAAGCCAUGUGAGGUGGGAUUGAAGAAUGGAAAGCUUCUGUUAGAUUCACUUUGUUUGUAAUGGGAUGGUACCUUUUUAACUUUUUAAUACUGUGGAAUGGAGAUUGUACAAUCAACAUGCCUAUUUUUGUGUUCUGGCGAUACUUUUUUAGCAUUGCAUUUUAUUUAUGAACUGUAAAUUUGUGCGGAUUGUGUUGUCAUUACAUAUGCCCAAACCUUUGCUGAUUAAUUUUUCCUAGCACAAGUCCCUUUUUAUUUUUAGUUGACAAUGUUUCACAUGUCAUUGCGUGUACAGGUUUUGUUUUAAUAAAAGAUGAUUUUUAACA